UUCACGUGGAGAGAAGGUUGUGCACACGGCCCCACAAUCUACGGGAAACUUGAGGUAGCAAAAAUGUGUUUGCCAGGCAGUUCUAAACUUUGUUUUGUUUGCUUGAUGGUGUACAUGUCGACAUGGCAUCCUAGCAUAGGAGGAAACCCAGUCCAAGAAAAUGCAGAAGGAAACAUCCCUAAAAAUGGAAGUGAAGAAACUUUGUACACGUCGGUGAAAAACGAUCAUAUAGGAAUUCAUGAUCAUAAUGAUAUGCAAAUUCAGGAAGACCAUUCCAAAAUUCAUGCCCAAGGAGAUUAUUACUAUGAAAAACUGAUAGAAAAAUAUGGAGAAAAUGGGAGUCUUAGGCUUGAAGGGCUGCAAAAGAUCUUGCAGAAUAUAGGAAUAUAUAAUAUUGAAAAUACAGCUGAAAAAAGUCUUGAUAAACAUGACAACCAUGAACUUCAUGAGGACCAUGAACAUGAUGAACAUGAGCAUGAACAUGGUGAUGAAGUUCAGGAUAAUAGACCAAAACGAUCAGCAAUUAAAAAGUCAAAAUCAAAACAGAAAUUAAUUCGAAGGAAAAGAUCAAGUAAAACUAUCUCCGAUUCUAUGUGCAUUAAAACCCCAGAGGAUCUCAUCCAAAUCUACUCUAAUAACAAUUCCCUGGUGUUGUCCAAGCCAGCAUUGUCUGACAUAUGUGCAGGGAUUCUUGUUAUGUUGGACAAAUCUUCAUGCUGGAAUGGUUCAACAUUUCCCAAGAUGGAAGACUGUGAUAAUCAUGAUCAUCAUAAUCAUGAGGAACAUCAAGAAGCGGAAAGCUACAGUGUGGAAAACAUUCCUCCUACUGUAUGGGGUUACAGUAUUCUGGCAACAUUUGUCAUCAGUCUGGUGGGGCUUCUUGGAGUAGCAGUCAUUCCUAUCAUGCAGAAGGUCUUCUACAACCACCUGCUACAAUUUCUGGUGGCUCUGGCUGUUGGGGCCCUCGCAGGGGAUGCACUCUUACAUCUUAUACCUCAUGCAUUUUCAGGGGAGACCCACCAGCAUGAAUCCGAUGAUAAACAUGCUGCUGACAGCAAGACAGGGGUUCUGAAAGGCCUGGUUGGACUGUUAGCUGUCUAUUUCUUCUUUAUAAUGGAGAGACUGGUUACGUUCCUCACCAACUCAAAACGAAAGCAGAAAAAAAAAAAGCAUCAAGAGCACAGUGUUCACUUUACAACCAAUGGUAAUGCCCUGAGUCCCAGUACCCCCACAGAGCCAGACUGUGGAUCAUCAGUGCUACGCAUUCAUCCCACAGGGAAAGCCUUGGAGAACUAUGCUGUUGAGUUCCACAAAGAAGAAUGUAACCUUCUGAAUGAAAAUGCUACUGAUGAUCAAAAUAAUGAGGAGACAAAAUUGAACGGCCAUUGUGAGGAGGAAGACACUCAUGAUAAAGUCCUGGACUUUUCUCACGGUCACUCACACAGUCGCUGUAAUACUGUUCCUCAGACUGUGUCUGCUAUUGCCUGGAUGGUCAUCCUUGGGGACGGGAUCCACAACUUCAGUGAUGGUCUUGCCGUUGGUGCAGCAUUCUCCAACAGCAUCACGGGAGGGAUCAGCACCUCUAUUGCUGUCUUCUGUCAUGAGCUUCCACAUGAGAUCGGUGACUUUGCAGUCUUGUUGAGGGCUGGGAUGACAGUAAAGCAGGCUAUCAUCUACAACUGUGUAUCAUCAGUACUGGGCUUUUGUGGUAUGAUCAUUGGUGUUCUGAUUGGGAACUUUGGUACCUCUACUCUCUGGAUCUUUGCUGCCAUUGGUGGAAUCUUCCUUUACAUUGCCUUUGUUGAUAUGUUGCCAGAGCUGACUUCCUUGGGGACAAAGAAAGGAGAGAACCCAUUCUUCCAUUUAUUUCUGCAGGUCUGCGGUUUGUUUACAGGGUCUGGAAUUAUGUUUCUGAUUGCCAUAUUUGAACAUGAACUGAUGAACUUCAUAGAGCCAUAGUCAUAUCAUGUCAUAUUUGUUUGAUUCAUAAAUGUCCUUAGGUAGAAUUUACUGCACAUUUUGGGUGUUGUAUUUCAUAGCAAAGAAUAUUUUUAUAUCAUUUUUAUGCUGUUAUUCAGUCAUUUGGUAAACACUUCGGUACAAAUAUAAAUUGAAUUCUGGUUUAUUAAUUAGAUGACAGGAAUUUCUUUUAAUGCAAAUCAAAAAAGGUACAUAAGAAUCCAACAUAUCUAUAUUAUUAUUCUCUGUUAGUCCAUCAUUGAUUGUGGUCCAUAACACCUGAUACAUUCAUAUGAACAAGUUUUGACACCUUAUAUAUGUGAUCGUUGCUUUUUUAAAGCUUAUAAAAUGAGGAUGUUUUAAAAUAUACUGUGAUGAUAGCCAUUUGUAAAGAGUAAAUUUCAAAAAGAAAUUAUAGAAUAUUUGACAAGAUGGCUAAGUAAAGCAGGGGAUUAUUACAGUUUAUCAAAUCUGAAGAAAAAUUAUUAAUUGAUCAAGAAUUAUAUCAAAAAAAUGUAAAUGAACAAAUCCUUGUGACAUCUUCAUGUAUUGCUGUUGAAAAAUCCAUUCAUGAUGAUAAAUAUUUGUAAUCUAGCCACAGAAAGUGACACUGUCUGCGAAGACUAAAAUGGGCAAACUGAAUUUUCUGGUAGUACACAAGUAAUGCUUUACUCCCUUGCUUUAUUCGGUCCUGUUAGACACUAGUCCCUGUAGAACAACCCUGGUUUUUAUAAGUAUGGUAGUCCCAUUUCACAAAUAUUGAUGUCCAAGUUUCAGAGAAAUUUUAGAUGUGUUUUUUUUUUCUUCUUUAUAUUUGCUUUAUCAGCGCUGUUUGUUUGUUUUUUUUUUUUAAGUAUUUAGAAAUUUCUGAAUUAAAAGAAUUGUAUUUAAAUAUGAAUUAUAUAAGAAUUAUCAAUUUGUAUUUGAAAACAAGUUAUACAAGAAACAGUUUGUAUUUGAAUACAAGUUAUACACAGAACAUUAAUGUUAGAUGAACCAUGUGUUCUAUAAGAACAUGUGCCAGAUUUCAAAGUAUAGGGUACAUUGAAUUAUAGUUAUAUACAAAUUUUGUCAAUAAUUAUGAGAAAAAUUUGAUUAAUCUCAUCGCUACUCACUGGAUUCAAACAUGUGAGAAAAGUUACUGUAAACCAACUAUUAUUCACGUCAUCUUUUACUCAUCAUUUUGAAAUUUAUCCGCGAGGAUUAAUUUUCACGACUCAGAAAAUACAAAGCAAAAUAAAUGGAUCAUGGCAAUUAAUAUUCGCGAGUUAAAGUAGGUCGCGAAUAUAUCUCGCACGCGAAUAAAAGUUGGUUUACAGUAUUAGAGUUGUGGCCCAUCGCUUAUUUUUCUGAAGAAACAGUCAGUGACAAGGAUAGAAAUAAUCUCUUUUCACUUGUUGUAUGUUCAUUCAUUUUGUGGCUUUGCACAUCAUUUUACUCUCAAAUCCCAUUACGACCAAAAAAUAAAUCUUUAAUAAUUUCUUAGUAGAUAAAAAAAAAAAGAAAUGUAUUUUGAUUUAUACUUAACUUACUUACUAUUAAGCAUAAUAUACCACAACAAUUUUUCACAGUAGUUUUUAAAUGCCCCCCACCCCCUUUCCCGUCAUUGGAAGACAGAGAUCUGAUAGAGAUUCAGAAAUUCUGAAUAUUUAUUGUUUUUCAAACAACCAAUGUCAUUUGUUUACAUAAUUAUAAGAAAAAUAUAAGUUCUUUAUGGUAGGCAUUGUUUAUUUUAUAUAUAGAUAAUUAUGCAGUUGACAAAUUACAAUUUAUUUUUACAUAUCUGACAAGUAAUUCAAACUUUGCAAAGAAGUGGAUUAAUUUACAAUUCUUUUAAAAAAAUUUACUGUUAGCACAAUAGAUAAAUAAUUUUUGGAUCUUUUUUCUGUUAUGAGUUAUUUUCUAAGCUUUAUUGAUGUUUGAUUUUUAAGAUAACUGAUGUGAAUAAUAUGCAUAAACACAUGGAAUCAGAUAAUUUAUAAGUAAAUUGAAAUCUGUCAAAAUAAAUUUAUAGAAAUAUUUGUCGAUAAGUUGUAUCUGUAUGGGAAAUGGUGAUGCCUAUGUUGUACAUGUAGAAACAGGUGGGUUUUUUUAAAUUCCAAAAUGAGUAUGUAUAUCAAUCAUGUGCUUGAAAAUAUGUUUUUACAUCUCGUAUUUUCAAGGCAUUAUAUGAACAAAAGCAAAUUAUGACUGAUUUAUAAAAUAAGUUUGCCUCUGAUAUGAAAAUCACUGCUGAAAUAAUGAGGUUGCACACGUGGAAUGUUUUUUUUUUUUUUUUAAAUAAAACUAGAAUUACACGUGCACAAA